AUGGUUCUUUCGUUUGCUUUCGAGCCAGCCUGUGAAGGUGAGAAGGUUCUUGUAGUUGAUGCCAAGAUCGUGAAGGACUUGGACAGGGACAUCUGGGAGCGAGUCUACCCAAACGGGGUUGGCAUCUCGGACCUCAUGUUCGUCGGCUCUUUGCCGGGAGCACACUGCCGACUUCCCGACCUCAUCGUAGCGCCAGAUUUCGAUACGGACUUGGAGAUGAUCGAUGCAGACCAGUCGAAUACCGAGAGCGCAUCGGUCAGCAUCAGGGGACACGUGCCGGGUGCUCCAUGGUCGCAACAUGUCACAACAUCACUUGGUUCGAGUCUUGCAGAGAACCUUUAG